CAGCUCCUCACCCAUACGUUUCUUAAAGAAGAAAAAAAAAAAAAAGGGAACCUCUUUAAGGAAACUGUUCAGUAACAAGGUCUAGCAGAGAUUGAGGGAGAAACCUAUCGCCGACCUUUAGAACGUCUAACCCUGAAAUCUUGAAAACUCUCAUCUUGCUGUAAACCACCAUGCCUGGAGUCAUGGAUCGUAUGGAGCUAAGGAAAGUCUCCACGGAGGCUGACGACGACAGCACCGACAGCCUGGACGACCGCUACACAGAGCCCAUCGACUCUGAGAAGGCCACCAUCAACAGCCAGUUCAUGGAUGAUAACGAUGACGCAGAGAGCCAGAAGUUCCUGUCAAAUGGGAUGAUGAAGAAGAAGAAAUACGAAGAAUACCAUGAAGAAUAUCAUCCCGGCCACGCCUCCUUCGGGAUGUCUGUCUUCAACUUGAGCAACGCCAUCAUGGGCAGCGGGAUCCUGGGCCUGUCCUUCGCCAUGGCGAACACCGGCAUUAUUCUCUUUACAGUCCUCCUCGUCGCUGUGGCGAUCCUCUCCUUGUACUCUGUGCAUCUUCUCCUCAUGACGGCAAAAGAAGGAGGAUCCCUCAUCUAUGAAAAGCUGGGCGAGAGAGCGUUUGGUUGGCCUGGGAAAAUGGCAGCAUUUGGAUCGAUAAUCAUGCAAAACAUUGGAGCCAUGUCCAGCUACCUCUUUAUCGUGAAGUAUGAGCUGCCUGAAGUGAUCCGGGCCUUCUUGGGUUUAGAAGAAAACUCUGGGGAAUGGUACAUGAACGGAAACUACCUGGUGGUGUUUGUGUCGAUCGGGAUCAUUCUGCCUUUGUCUCUCCUUAAAAAUCUGGGCUACCUGGGCUACACCAGCGGUUUCUCCCUUACUUGCAUGGUCUUCUUCCUGGGUGUGAUGAUCUACAAGAAGACCCAGCUGCCCUGCCCUCUUCCUUUCUUUUACCACCACUCGUCCAACCUCAGCGUGAACGGCUCAGAUAUGCCGGGGCUGUACAAUCUACAAAACCGCUCGGCACAAAUGGAUUUCUCCCGAGCCGACGUCACCCCGGCGGUGCUGGGCAGCCACGACGCUCACCACUCCACCAGUGUCCACUUUGAGCCCCACCCCGACGACGAGGAGAUGUGCACACCCAAAUACUUUGUCUUCAACUCACAGACGGCAUACACUGUGCCAAUCCUGGCCUUCGCCUUCGUCUGCCACCCUGAAGUCCUGCCCAUCUACAGUGAGCUGAAAGAUCGCAGCAGGAAAAAGAUGCAGAACGUUUCCAACCUGUCCAUCUUGGCCAUGCUUAUCAUGUACAUGCUGUCGGCGCUGUUUGGCUACCUCACCUUUUAUGACAACGUGGAAGCAGAGUUGCUCCACACCUUCACCAAGGUUUAUAAGUUCGACACCAUGUUGCUGCUGGUGCGCUUGGCUGUUCUCACUGCCGUCACUCUGACUGUCCCCAUUGUGCUGUUCCCUAUCCGCUCCUCCAUCACCACGUUGUUGUUCAGCGGUCGAGAGUUCAGCUGGACUCGCCACAUGCUGAUCGCCGCCGCAAUCCUGGCCUUCAACAACAUGCUGGUGAUCUUCGUCCCUACCAUCAGAGACAUCUUCGGUUUCAUUGGUUCUUCUGCGGCCACCAUGCUCAUCUUUAUUCUACCUGCUGCCUUUUACCUCCGCCUGGUAAAAUCACUGCCAUUCCGCUCCCCGCAGAAGAUCGGGGCGACCAUCUUCCUGGUCGUGGGAAUCAUCUUCAUGAUUGGCAGCUUGUCACUCAUCGUCCUCGACUGGGUUCACAACCCCUCGGGCUCCCACGAUGGUCACUAAAGCUUCCCUCCUCAGAUUCACAGUAAAGAGUGCAGCAACCCCACCACCACCACCACCACCAUCAAGUCUGUUCUCCAAUUGCCUCUUCCCACAUCAGAGGUUCCCUUCCCUUCAUUAAACAUCAAUCAUAAAACCUCAACCUAAGGACAUGACGUGCUGCACUGGGUUAAGACAUCUUCAGUUUUUCCCCCCACAGAAAAUCACUGGAGGGAAUUUUCUUUUAAGCUCAGUUCAUAUUUUUUUGUUGCUGUAAAGUUCUUGAUGUGACACAACAGAAAUAAGAGAAUCAAAACCCAGAGAGGGGGAAACCCACUCUGGUUUAACGUGCCACCAAGACAUCCUGAAAUCAUCAUCAUCAUUGUUAUGAUGACCAUCAUGAAUGCGAGUAUUUCCAGCUAUGAAGAGACAGUACAAACACAUACUGUGUAGCCCUCACCUGAAGCAGAUCUGUGAACUGCAAUUCGCAGGGCUGGAAAGACAAUGCGAGUCCCUCAGUCCCCUGUGCACUUGAAGGAGACAGUUGGAGGUGGAGUGUGUCGUCCUCCGUGAAACAAAGAGCACCUCUAACAUUACAUCUCAUGCACAUGCAAACACACACACACACACACAGACACACACACACACACACACAUAUACAUAUAUAUAUAUUCUUUUAAGCUACUACCCAUGAAAAAUACCUGAAAUUAAUCAAGCAGCAGUUAAUCAGUGACUUAAUUCAAUCAUGCAGAAGUUUUAUUCAGGACAUUUUGGUUUAAUUUGCUGCUGUGCCUCAUGUUAACAAUCAGAAGCUUUGCCAAAGUCUACAUGCACGUACAGGUUUAGUCGAUCGGUUUCAUUCUAGAGCUUCCCCAGCUCCACACUCUCAAGGACCUUCCUUGCUGGCUGUUUUCAUCCUGGCUGUGUACACGAAGCGAGGCGAUGCUUUCAGUAUUACUGUCACAGAGGGAUCUGAACAUGCAAAGUAUGAAUGUACAUAAUUAAGUGUAUCUACUGAAAAAAAAUUAGUGUUGUAUAUAAUAUCUUACUUGACCUCAUACGGCUCUUUGCCAUUCAGGUUGUAUGAAGUUGAAUGACCAUUUCAACACACAGUAUAUACACCUGCUGGAAUAAUUUAAAAGGCACUUGAUAAGGCUGUACAUCUAAGUAUAGGCUACAUGUAUAAAAACGUAUUCAGUUUAGAAAAUGUAAUUGGACAUUUCCAAAAUGAAUUAAAUUCAACCAACAGAGCCAAACUGGAAAUUAUUUAAAAUCUAUUCAAGAUCCCAAGAUUUUAAGUAAAAGUAAAAUAUUUUCAACUUGUGUUAAACUAUAUCUUGGAAUGAAAAAAUGCUCUCUCUCCAAAAAGUCAUUUAACAUUUUUAACAUUUAGCUAUUCAGCUAAAAAAAUAGUUUGAAAUUUUGGGAGGUGACUUUUUGAGGGACUGUUAGCGCUGUCAUGUCUGUAUGCUAUAUAUGAAAUUAGCUUGGCAUAAAGACUGGAAGCAUUAACAGCUAUCUAACUCUGACAUUUUUGCAUUUAGGUUUUCAUACAAAUUAGACUAAUGAGAUAUUUCAGUUACUGAAAGUUUAAGUUACUAAGUUUUAGAGCUGCUACUUGGUUGAGCCAGGCUGACUGUCUUCCCACAUUUUAGCUAACUGUCUCCAGGCGCUAGCUUCAUAUUUAACAGACAUAAGAGUGGUACCAAUUUUUUCAUUUACAUCUCAGCAACAAGUUGAAUAAGGUUUUUCUCCCCAAAAUGUCAAAGGAAUCCUUUAAAGAGUAGUGACUUGGAAGAAGCUGGAUGGUAAACAAUACCACACACUUCAUCAUGCUGUUUGUAACAGAGAAGCUAGCUACAGAACUGAUACCUACAUUAACAUUCAGAGGAUGUGACCCAUGUGUGCAAGACUGUAAACCAAGCUAAAAAAAAUUUUGCUUCUUUUUAAAUUUCAGUUUAUCUGUACAAAGGUGUAUCUUUAAAUAGUCAUGGUUAAUCUUCAGAUAGUAUGUUUGUGAGCACUUGAAGCAGAGCACACUGGUCACGUCGUCUGUCUUGUUCACAAGUCAUUAAGCUCCGUGGAUUGAUUAGUAUUUAUAUAAUUUUAAUUUACUCUGUUGUUGUACACUCAUACCCAAAAAUUAAACAUAUUUAAAUUUCCUAACAUUUUAUUAUCUAAAAAUUUUAAUCAGAUAAAAAUUGCACCAGGAUAAUUCUUUUUACUUAAACCUUUUGGAUUGCUCUCAUUAUAAUUGGCUUUUAGUUCUGGUGCCUUUUGGUAGAACAUCCAUACCCCAGAUUUAUUCAUUUCACUUGUUCUCCGAUGCCGUUGCGUGUCUCGAACACGUCCAGCCAAAGUGGACAGCAUUUAUAGAUCCUUUGUGGAUCUAUGUACAUGAAACAAAUAGAUAUUUCAAAUGAAAUAGUGUAUUAUGUGCAUGUUUUUGGAUUACAAACAUGGUCUUUUUGGACAAUUGUAUAUGCUCUGUAAAUAAUCUUUAUUUUAUGGUACACUGAUACUCAUUGUCUGUGAGUGGGUUGUUGGGGGAUUCUGCCUUACAAGUCUUCUGCAAUCCAGUGUUUGUUUUAGUAUAUAUAUAAAUAUAUAUAACUUGUAUUAGACAUUUUUUUCCCUUGCUGUAUGACAGUAGUUUUUUUUUUCUUUAUUUGAAGCUUGUAUAUUUGUAGAAAAUUGGGUCUCUAUAUAUCCAUUUUCAUUUUUUAAUGUUGUCAUAUCAGGAUGAAUUAAUCAACGGCCUACUUCAUAACAGUUUAUAACACGGUUUUCCCAGAAGUCUCAGAAACAAGGAACCACGUUUCUGUUUCUUAAUGACUCCUGUUGAACAACACUGGGUUGAAAGUAAAGCCACCAGUAAGCAGUAUCGAUGUUGAAUGUGUUUCUUGAAAACAGUGCUGUAAGGCAGAAAGAAGCAAGACGAGAUUAUCCGAAGUAUUUCGUACCCACACUACAGGAAGGUUCUUACAGGACAGAACAUUUUAACAAGUUGUUGUAAGAGCUUAUGGUUUUUCUGUUUUUUAUCAAACGGCACGCAAUAGCAUGUGUAUGCUAACGUGUAGCUGUAUACCUCUAGGACAGCAUAACAAAAUGCACAGGAACUUUCCCUGUUUGCCAGUUCUGAAGCUGGUUCCAGGACAAUCGUACACAGUUGUAGUUCUUACCUUACUGUGGCUUACAAUGUAUAUCACUGCUGUCAUAAAAAAAAACCCAGUUUUGUUGAGGUUUUAUUUCCGUGAUGUUACUUGAACUGAAGCUUUCCACGGUCUGAUAAACGUCAGCACCGAAGGGUCCACACGGCCCAUUCAGUACCCGCUAUGAAUGUUCAAUAAAGACUUGUUCUCAGUUUGAAAA